UUAAUUGGAGUUAAUUCUUAACUGUUUCCCUUCUGUACAUGUGUCAUGUAAUGGUUUGCCUUUAUCUGAUUUUCCCCAAUUUCCUGUGCAUUUGUGGUUUCUGCUGGGGCCCUGUAGCUGGAGACUCAGGCAGCUGCGGCAGAUGAGAGCGGGCGCUUGAGUUUUGUAGAAAGUUUAUUCAGCUUCCCUGGGUCCUGUCCAGUCGAUGUCUUUCCAAGCACUCCUAUCUGAGGUGAUGGGUGCUGAGGAGGAAGACUAACUUCCCCAGAUCCAGUUGUCAGAGAAAAGUAGAAUGUUGGCAUAGCCGGAGUCCCCGAAGAAAAUGAGCUACAACAGCUAAAGCCUUGAAGAGGGCUUCCCUUGUAGACCACUUUCCAAAUGUAAGCAGUCAGAUUGAGUGACAUCAUGAGAGAAUUAUGUGGAGCAGAUCUCAACCAGGAGUUGAGGAAUCCAGAGGAAGAAUGUGGUGGUAGCUCCUGAGCCCAGGGAGCUGGCAGCGUGUGGGCUUCCGAGGAGCCAGCACCUCUGAACUGGGCUGUCUUCAAGUGAGGCUAUCCCAGCGUACUGUUCCUCUGGCUGAAAGACUGGGUGCUGUGUGACAAAUACUUCGUUGAGCCAAGACUCUGAGGCUGGUAUGCAAUGUCACUUACAACACUAAUCAGAUACUGCAUUUAAGCAAAUGUGACAGUGGCCUUUGCAGUGGUCAGCUCUGAGCUUUGAACUCUCAGAGGAGCAAGAGAGAAAAAAAAAAUUUCAGCACACCACCUCCUUGGUUGCAGCCUCAGAGAAUCCUUGGAUGAGAAACUUCUUUUUUCAGUCCUGUUUUGCUGUUGAUAAAUUCAUUCCUCGUGGUCACAGUGCAUUCAAGCUGUUCUGCGUAUGAUUUUUGGUGUGUGUGACAAUCGCAUCUAAAAUUUGUGAGCAAGAAGACGGAGAAAUCAGUUGGUCUCCAUCGCCUCACAUAAAAAUGGCCGAGUGUCUUGUUAUGCUAACACUGCUCUGAGUGACGCGCACAGGUCUUGACAUGGAAGAGAUGGAGGACUCAGCACCGAGGCUCUCCAAGUGAUUCCUGCCAGAGCACAGAAACCGACUCUGUUAAGGCUGACACGUUCUGACUGAGAUGACAGUCAUGUCCCUCUCCAGGGACCUCAAGGACGACUUCCACAGCGACACGGUGCUCUCCAUCUUAAAUGAGCAGCGCAUUCGUGGUAUUUUGUGUGAUGUCACCAUCAUUGUGGAAGACACCAAGUUUAAAGCCCACAGCAAUGUCCUGGCUGCCUCAAGCCUCUAUUUCAAAAACAUCUUUUGGAGCCAUACAAUAUGUAUUUCCAGCCACGUCCUGGAGCUGGAUGAUCUGAAAGCUGAAGUGUUUACAGAAAUACUUAAUUAUAUCUACAGCUCCACCGUUGUGGUCAAGAGACAGGAAACUGUCACUGAUCUUGCAGCUGCAGGGAAAAAGCUGGGAAUAUCAUUCUUAGAAGACCUUAGUGACCGCAACUUCUCAAAUUCCCCAGGUCCCUAUGUAGUCUGCAUUACUGAAAAGGGCGUGGUUAAAGAAGAAAAAAAUGAAAAAAGGCACGAAGAACCAGCCAUUACUAAUGGGCCAAGGAUCACAAAUGCAUUUUCCAUCAUUGAAACAGAAAAUAGUAAUAACAUGUUUUCUCCACUAGACUUGAGGGCAAACUUCAAAAAAGUGUCUGAUUCCAUGAGAACAGCCAGUCUUUGCCAGGAGAGGACCAAUGUCUGCCUCGAGGCAGAGCCUGUCCGCACGCUUGCUGAACAUUCGUAUGCUGUCUCUUCCAUCACUGAGGCUUACAGGAGUCAGCCGGUACAGGACAGCGGUUCAUCUAGUAAAACAGGAGAAGAAAACAAUGAAGCUCCUGCCACAACAGUAAAGCCAUGCCGAAAGCCAAAGACCCAAACCCAGGACUCCGACGCAGCCACAGAAAACACACCACUCCCUCUAGUAAGCAACCCAGAGUUCAGUCAAGAAAGAAGUCCACCACCAGCUCCAGUUCUGUCACACUCGGAACCUCCCAGCAGUGAAGGAGAUGUCCAUUUCCCCAGGGCAGAUGAAAACCAGCCUUCUGAUAUUCCUGGUCCACCAGCAGCAGAGGUCCCACCCCUUGUUUAUAAUUGCAGCUGCUGUUCCAAAUCCUUCGACAGCAGCACCCUGCUCAGUGCCCACAUGCAGCUCCACAAGCCGACCCAGGAGCCCUUCGUGUGCAAAUACUGCAACAAGCAGUUCACCACACUCAACAGAUUGGAUCGGCACGAACAGAUCUGUAUGAGGUCCAGCCACAUGCCCAUCCCAGGGGGAAACCAGCCGUUCCUAGAAAACUACCCCACUAUUGGACAGGAUGGAAGUUCAUUCACAAGCCCAGAAUCCUUAGUACCGGAAAACAGAACUGGUGAACUCUCCGGCCCUGGGAGUGCCUUGCCAGACGCGGACCACAUGGUGAAAUUUGUGAACGGGCAGAUGCUCUACAGCUGCGUUGUGUGCAAACGGAGUUAUGUGACUUUGUCCAGCCUCCGAAGGCAUGCGAAUGUCCACUCGUGGAGAAGAACGUACCCUUGCCAUUACUGCAACAAGGUCUUCGCGCUGGCCGAGUACAGGACACGACACGAGAUCUGGCACACGGGAGAGAGGCGCUACCAGUGCAUUUUUUGUCUCGAAACUUUUAUGACCUACUACAUACUAAAAAACCAUCAGAAGUCUUUUCAUGCCAUAGAUCACAGGCUCUCCAUCAAUAAAAAAACAGCGAACGGAGGCUUGAAGCCUACUGUCUAUCCAUACAAACUUUACAGGCUCUUGCCUAUGAGAUGUAAGAGGGCACCUUAUAAGAGCUACAGGAAUUCUUCCUAUGAGAGUGCUCGAGGAAACGGUCAGAGGGGCGAGUCUGCCCCUGAUGCCUUCAUCAUCCCAAAUUCACAAGGCUCUGACAUGCCCACCCUGAGCUUCCAAGAUGGCAGUAACACCUUGACCAGCACCUCCGCCAUCCCAGUGGAAAGGCCCUCAAGGCAGGGUGCCCCCACUCCUGCCGAAGUAAAAAAUACAGAAGGCAUCAAAUGGAGGAAGGAGGCACUGAAAACUGAUAGCUUUGAUUCAACUGAGGUGUCCGUUUCUUCCACUGGAAACACUGUCAGCGCCAACCUUCAGGCUGAGCCCACAAGUGUUUCAGCUGUGGGCAAAAGCGGCGAGCACUCGGCCUCCGUGAUUAGCUACAGUGGCUCGGCGCCCUCCGUCAUUGUGCACAGCAGCCAGUUCUCGUCAGUGAUCAAGCACAGCAAUGCCGUCGCUAGCCUGACCAACAGCAAUCACAGAGCCCCUUCACAACCAGCGGUCAGCCCGUCCCUGAAAGAAGACAGCAAGCCUGAGGCAGAGAAGCCCAGUAAACUUGCAAGCAAAGCCAAAAGCAUCAAGGAGAGAAAGAAAGCUAUUCCGUGCAACAAGGGAGAAAUAGCAGAGGAGGCAAAACACGUUCCUGACCAUGGAGGGUCUCCAGGCAAAACCGCAAACACUGUUGAGGAAACCAGCAAGAUUGAAACAUACAUCGCAAAACCUGCUCUGCCUGGCACCUCCACAAAUAGCAAUGUCGCACCCCUUUGCCAAAUAACAGUGAAAAUUGGAAAUGAAGCCAUCGUGAAAAGGCGUAUCCUUGGGACUAAGCUGUUUUACAGAAGAGGGAGAAAACCCAAGUAUCAAAUGCAGGAGGAACCAUUGCCUCAGGAGACUGACCCAGAAACCCAUGGGGACAGCCCCCUUGGGCUCUUCCAGGCUGAAUGCGUAGAGAUGAGUGAAGCGUUUGAUGAUGGGAGUGACCAGGAUUCCACUGACAAGCCAUGGCGCCCAUACUACAACUACAAGCCCAAGAAGAAAUCCAAGCAGUUGAGAAAAAUGAGAAAAGUCAAGUGGAGGAAGGAGCGAGGAAGCAGAAGCUCUGGUGGCAGGUGCCGGUACCCAGCUGAGCUGGAUCCCGCAGAGGUGAGGCUGCCUCCAGAUAGGGCCUGUGACAACGACGAGGAAAAUAAAGAGAUGCCCAAGCUACAGUGCGAGCUCUGUGACAGCGACAAGGCAGCAGGGCCGGGCGCCGAGGGCAGGCCCCACCACCACCUGACCCUGAAGCCCUACGUGUGCGAGCUGUGUGCAAAGCCAUUCCAGAGCCCGUCCACGCUCAAGAUGCACAUGCGAUGCCACACCGGCGAGAAGCCCUACCAGUGCAAGACCUGCGGCCGGCGCUUCUCCGUGCAGGGGAACUUGCAGAAGCACGAGCGCAUCCACCUGGGCGUGAAGGAGUUCAUCUGUCAGUACUGCAGCAAGGCGUUCACGCUGAACGAGACCCUCAAGAUCCACGAGAGAAUCCACACCGGGGAGAAGCGUUACCACUGUCAGUUCUGCUUCCAGGGUUUCCUGUACCUCUCCACAAAGCGGAAUCACGAGCGGAGGCACGUUCGGGAGCACGAUGGCAAGGGCUUCGCUUGCUUCCAGUGCCCCAAAAUAUGCAAAACGGCCGCCGCCCUCAGAAUGCACCAGAAGAAACAUUUAUUCAAGACCCUAACCAAGCAGGAGAAGACGGGUGACAUGUGCCACGAAAGCUCAGAUCUCUUGGAGAGUCAGAUUUGUACUGACUCAGAAGACGGCGACCAGAAGGAUAACAUGCACACCUUUGCUGAAACUGUCCGUUGAGUGACGAGAUCAGUUAGAAAAAUCCGAAAAAAGUGGUUUGUGAUUUUCUUUUUUUUUUUUAGUUCUUUAAAGUCUUAGUUUUGUUCACAUAAUAGUCACAAGGGGAGGGGGGAGAUUAAUUUUUCAUUUGUGUAAACUCCAAAAACAAAAAAGGAUCCUGACACCUACUUUGGGUUUUAUCGUUCACUUCACACAGAGUGCAUAAAAACAAAAUAGCUGAAUCCUCUAACGACCCAAGUAUUUUGUGAAGGCUAAUGAAGUUCUUAGCUGUGGUGUUUUGAGCAGUGAAAAAAAGCAGCUGAAUUUUAGCCUAAUUUAAAACUUUCUCGUGAACACUAAUGAGGACUGCUGAACUGUUGUUAGUCAUGGGAGAAAAUAAGGGUCAGAGUCCUGAAGAUGGCGUCUUUGAGAUGUGUUAGAAGCUAAAUGAGCUUUGACAGUGUUUAUUGCCAUUCAGUUUCUGCACUACUAAUCUUUGUUAAAUCAGUGGGUAUUCACGAACUGCUUAACAAUAUAACUGAAAAUAUGUAAUGGCUAACCUAAAGUAGGGCAGUCUACAUUGUCUUGAACUGCUUUCCUGCAACGUAAACCUUGUAAAAUACAUAUAUGAGUCACUCUAACUCUUAACUGUCUGUGUCCCUUGUAAAGAAUUAUAACAAGCAAUAGACCUGAAAAUAAUGAGGACUGAUAUAGAAAUCAGUAGAGCAUUUGGAAUCUGGCCUGUGAGCAUGCGUGAGCUUCUCAAUGGAAUGCUGUGCUGUUCUCUUAAAGUAUGGCUGAGCUGCUAUUAGAACUGGUCUACUCAAGUCACACACAACACAGGUCAUGCCUUAUCCAUGGGGAAAGCCUUCCCAGAAUUUACCUGAGAUUACCUAUGCCGUAUAAUUCUUUGCACUGGCCUCACCUCAGAGAAUGAAGAAUGGUCAAAUUCUUCAGAACUCUCUGCAGUCUUCCAGUCAUCCCAAGGCCAGUGAUGUCGGGGGCUGUUCUACCCAGACUUAGGGGGGUCAAAUAAUCCAGAUGUCUCCCAUUCCUCUGAAGGUAUGCAGGAGGUUGAGUGCAAGGCACACCUCUGUGGUAAUGAAGUCUCAGCACUUGGAGAUGGCAGAAAGUCUAAUUCCUCAAUUUUACACCUUCUUGGAGAUAAUGAAGCCCACAGGUACAUGCUAGUUGAGAGGACAACAGUAGUCCCCACCCCAGUUGAUGACAAGGGGAAGUGAGGACAAGGGGAUAUGAUGGGCCUUCCUUGCCUCAAACAGCAGCAUUGUUUCUGAGGGCUGGGGAAGUAGAAUGUGGCAGGACAGGGUUCUGCCCCUUACAAACCUGUCUCCAAGCAUCCCCAGAGCCAGAGGCCCUGCCUUCACACUUGCAGACACCUAGCCCCUUGUUAAAGCCCACUUCCGUUUCUAAAUCGUUUUUUAUAUUCACUCGGACUGUUGACCUUGCCCUCCAGAGUCUGCUUGCCCUACAGGAUGUUCUUUCACGUGAACUAGGAUCCUGGAGAGCUGGAACUCGUGGUUCUUACUGUUAAAGCUGCCAGAAUAGGAAGGAGGGAGAGUCCAUUCCUACCCUUCAAUCACCAGUAUGAGCAAAAUUCAGAACAGUUCAAGAGUGGCAGGCAGCCAUUCCCGUUCAUUGGAUUUAGUAGAUGGAAAUGCAAGGCUGGAAGGUUUUCAGCGGACCCCAGUUUCUUGCAGCAAGUGUUGUGCCAGCUCCACAAUAGAACACUUAGCAUGGUUUGGGGUAGGCGAGAGAACAUUUAAGCACCCAAAAAAGGACAUGAUUCAAGGUGACCUUUUUAUACUGUAGUACUUUGCUGUUAAACAGCCCCAAUAUUGUAUCUGCAUUCAUCAUUUGUUCAUAUACUUUCACCUACAUACAGUAUUAUAUACUAGAGAAAAAUGGGGAAAUGCAAGCAAAUUCAACGUUAUUUUAUCCAUUGUAUAUAUGUACACCCACACUGUUCACUUGAGUUUUGUUAAAGAGGUAGUCACAAAGGGCUUAUGAAAAUCACUUUUGAUUUAAUAAUUAGAUGACAAGCAAUCCUUGAUCCACUAAUUUGUUUUAUCAGAGUUAUGAUUAUGAAGCAAUCAGUUAUGUAUUUAAGUUGUUUUGAUUUAACUACAAAUAUAAAAUUAGUAUAUGUACUGAUGUCUCCCAGCCCUUAUAUGUUGAUAUUUUUUAAGUGGACUUGUAUGCUGAAAAUUCUAGACCAAAGUAAAUAUGGCAGAAUAUUUAUACAUAAAAAUAAUUUUGCAAAUAUUUUCUAUAAUUGUAUUAUUCAUUUAAAAUGUUGAUAGCUUGUGUUAGUUUCAGGGAGGGGUGUAUAUUUUGAUAAAAUACUUGACUUUGUAAUUCUGUAUAUUCUAUACAAUUUAUAGCAGAGCCAUUUUAAGACAACUGGUUACUUUUUUUGUUGUUGAUUGUGAAAAUGUUGAGUGGUGUUUAAGUACGCAUCGGGUACAUAACGACCAAGUAGAAUCAAAGUCAGUGUAAACAGUGAACAUACUGUAUGCUGUACAAGAUAUAUUGUAAGUUGCUGUUUUAGCAUCUGUAUUUUGGUUAGGAGAUAUUAUUAAAUGCAGAUGUUAAGGGUUGGAAAGGUCUAAUUUUAUUUUUAGAAAUGAUGAAUAUAAAUUCGUUUUGCUUGAUUAAAAUAGCUUAUUCCUAU